AUGGAGGAAGGAGUUGAUACCCAAACCGCCCCAAACUGGGGGAUGACCACCGAAAGCUCGGACAAUGUCACCGCGUUGUCCGUCUUCAAGGCUUGUGUAAUAGGCGUGAUCACCGUCUUUAUUCUCCUCGGCAACUCCAUGUGCUUGAUCGUCCUGCGCUAUACGCACGACGGAGUCAGCCCCGUCACCAAACUGUUCCUGAUAUCGCUUACCAUCAGCGAUCUGUUGGUCGGUGUGCUCGUCGGCAUUCCUGUCGUGGGGUCGACGGCCCUGCAGAGCUGGCCGUACGGGGACACCUACUGCACCGUGGUUGCCAUGUGCCACGCGCUGUACUUCAAUGCUGGUUUGUCUGUGCUUGCCAUCAACAUCGAGCGAUACAUCGCGGUCAUAUGGCCCCUUAGAUACCCACUCAUCGUCACCCUGGCUAGGGCGGCCAUUGCAGAGGUCUUCUUCAUCGUUCUGUUAAUGUUGUGGACCUUACUGUAUGUGCUGAAGCCAGACCGGUCGGCUUUCUAUUACAAUAACUUCAGCGUGUGUUUCAUCGAUGCUGACGUGGGCCAUGAUUUGACGGGCCAACUAGGUAUGACUCUUUUCAUUGCCUUGCCGAUGUUGAUCACUGUCAUUCUUCACCUCAGGCUUUUCCUGUUGGCCACUCACCAUGCCUCCAAAGUCAGUAACAUAACCCUGGGGGAUAUAAACACGACAUCCGGGCUGAGUGAACGCUCGGAGAGUGAUGCGGAACAGCCAGCCCAACCCUCUCCGCCAGCACCACGACGCGAGGGGCGCGCACGGGCCAACUCGGACCGCGUGAGCCCGGAGACCAAGGCGGCGCGGACCUUCUUCAUCAUGGCCGUGGUGGCGGCCGUCUCCUGGACACCGUACUACGUGACCAUAUCGUGGGAAAACUUCAGCAACGAAAAGGUCCCCGAUGCUGUAGCAUUUGUGGCUCAAAUCCUGCUGCUCCUAAACAGUCUCUGGAAUGUCAUCAUCUACUAUACAAGGAACGACGCCUUCAGGAAAACAGCCAAUAGACUACUUGGCUGCUGCUUUCGAGUUCGCUCUUCUAACGAACAAAACCUUGUAACUUGA